AUGGGUCCCCUCGUCUCGAAGUCCGUGAAUGCAGCGGAUACGCCCCAGCUACUCCCAAACCCUCGUCGUAUCGUGACCGCUCACGAUGCGAGGGGCAACGCUGUCGUGCAGAGCGACGGGCUGAUCCCAGCAGAAGUGGGUUCUCCUGCAUUUGGCACAAGUACCACGAGAGGUGUUGACCUUGGCACUGCAGGCGAGCAAAGAGCCGGGACUGCGAGGGGCGGCUCUAUCACGAGCAGUAUGCCCGUAGAAGACAACAAUGACAAUAUCGACGGCGCCGCUCGUGAAAUCGGGGGUUUAGGGCUCGUGAUGCCCAAUGGAACGAAUCAUCGGUAUACUGAUCUCGCUCCGGGAGCCGUAACGCCUAUGCAUCGUACCAACUCGCUGGAUUACAACAUUCUUAUCUCUGGGGAGGUUGUACUAAUCUUGGAAGACGGCACGGAAACGCACCUGAAGAACCCAGGAGAUGUCGUUGUGCAGAAGGGCACAAUGCAUGCAUGGAGGAACCCUAGAUCACAGUGGUGCAGAUGGGUGAGCGUCCUGAUCGAUGCGAAGCCUGCGGUGAUAGAGGGGAAGGCAUUGGACGAGGCCUGGAUUCCUACCGCGAUAGGAUGA